UAUUUACAGUCUUGUUUGUUGGCAGCGAACAGCGAAAAUUCAUAAUAAAUAUUAAGGAAAUCGUAAUAAAGGGCCGCCGACAUGCUGUCCAUGCUGCAGGAGAAGCGGCCGCUGAAGCGGACUCGCUUGGGACCACCAGACAUCUACCCGCAGGACGCAAAGCAGCGCGAGGACGAACUGACGCCCACGAAUGUAAAACACGGCUUCACCACGACCCCUCCUUUGUCCGACGAGUUUGGCACAGCCCACAACUCAAACGUAAAUGCUGGAAAGGUAAGCGCCUUCUUCAGUGGCGUUUUGGCCAAAAAGGAGGAGUUGAUGACCCUGCCGGACACUGGGCGAAAGAAGCAGCAGAUCAACUGCAAGGACAACUUUUGGCCCGUCUCACCGCGGCGGAAAUGCACCGUUGACGCCUGGUUCAAGGACCUUGCUGGAAACAAGCCACUUCUCAGUCUGGCCAAACGGGCGCCCUCCUUCAACAAGAAGGAGGAGAUCUUCAUAACUCUAUGCGAGAACCAGGUGAACAUGCAGCGCGCCACCUGGUUCAUUAAGCUGAGCGCCGCCUACACACUAAGUUUCACCGAGUCAAAGAACAAAAAGCGCAGCAUCUACGAUCCAGCGGCAGAGUGGACAGGCAAUAUGAUCAAGUUUAUGAAGGAGCUGUUGCCCAAGCUGCAGGAGUAUUACCAGCAGUCUCACGAUAAGAAUAACUCAAAUAGCUCCAAUACACCGAGUCUGACAGCCCCAGGAUCUGUUGGUGGAACCAAUGGCACCUCUUCGAGCGGUCCAGGGUCCACCGCAGGUUCCAGUGCUCCAUCUAAUGUGAUUCCGGUACCCAGCAUGGCCAGUCCGCUGCCACCGAUACACAGCCCGGCAAAUGGACAACAGGGCUCGGCAGGACCCGGAGUAGGAUCCGGCAGUGUGCUUCCGGCAGCCGUGGGGCUGGGAGGAUCUGCACCGGGGUCGUCAGUGGUGGGAGGAGCUGCUGGUGUUGGUGCUGCGGUGCCGCCUGGCUCCAGCAUCUCCGGCAUCGGAAGCCAGUUUGAGGAUAGCCGAAACGCGUUAAAAUAUUGGAAGUACUGCCACCAGCUGAGCAAGUAUAUGUACGAAGAGUCUCUGUUGGACCGACAGGAGUUCCUCAACUGGAUCCUUGACCUACUCGACAAGAUGCGCACCCAGGCGAGCUUCGAUGAGCCGCUCAAGAAGUUGGUUCUAAGUUUCGCCCUGCAAUAUAUGCACGACUUUGUGCAAUCGGAACGUUUGUGCCGGAAAAUGGCCUACAUUGUAGCGAAAAAGUUGGCCCAGUUGCUAAACACGGCCGUGGAGCAGCAAGCGAUCAAGGAGCUGGACGACCACCGAAUGCAGCAGGACCCUUAUGAGCUGGCGCUGCAGGAACAGAUGAGUUGCCCGCACCACCGCGACGUAGUGCUCUAUCUCAGCACCAUUCUGCAGAUAAUUACUAUUGAAUGCCCCACGGCGCUGGUGUGGAGUGGCAUCCCAGCCCACCGGGCUACCUCUGUGCUAGUGGGAAGCCCACUGGACCACCUGCCGCUGGCACCCUCCGUGCUGCCAAUGCCAACCCGGUGUCCGCGGACCAAUCUUGAAAUCCGACGCCAACUGCGAGCCGCAGAGGCGGACAUUGUCCUUCGAACUCAACACGCAGAGCAGCGUUGGUUCGCAUCCAAGUGGCUUAACGCUGGAAAGAAUCAGUAUACCGGAGUACUGGCUACAUUGGACCACCUGGACACGCACUGCUUUGAUCGCUUGGAUCAGGGGAACAGCAUCGACACACUGUACGCCCACAUAUUCCCCAGCACUAGUCGGCGGCGAGACGAAGAUCAGCAGGAACAGCAGCAGCAGCCUCGUCCUGCCUACGAACCGAAGCAGGACAAGGACACUGUGAGAAUCCUUUGUGAGUGGGCCGUUUCCGGGCAGCGAUGGGGCGAACACCGGGCCAUGGUGGUAGCCAGCUUGCUGGACAAACGUCAAAUCGAUGUGACGAGCACGCCAGCAGAUCAACAGUCCAGCGACAAGGACGACAAGGAUUCUCUGGCCUCAGGUGCUGGCCUAAUCGAUGGUCUGCCCGUUUUCCAACACGUUCUGAUGCACUUCCUUGACCACGACGCUCCAGUAUUGGAUGAGCAUUCGGGCAGUUCCCAGCAGCGUACAGAAUUCACCAAUCUCGUUCAGCUGUUCAGCGCAUUAAUAAGGCACGACGUCUUCUCGCACAAUGCCUACAUGCACACACUCAUCUCGCGUGGAGAUCUUCUGCUGGAGUCUGUCCUGGUCAACAAAUCCGGGACUACAGCUACCAAAACAUCGCCACCACCGCCGGCUCCGCCGACAACGACAACGCAUGAGUUCGACGACGAUGGCUUUGGAGGCCUUGAUUUCAAACAUAACGAACAGGAUGACUCAAACGUGGAUUACGAACUGGACAAGAUAGUGCAGAACAUCAAGGAGAAGGGCCAGCAGCAUGAGCCGCCCGAUAGCCCGAAAAUUGGUCCACCCGGCGAUAGUGAUACCAGUACGGGGGGCACUGGCACUAUCUCCCGCCACUAUGUGUACACCAAACACUUUCCCAUUCCGCAGGAUGACCCCAGCAUGAGUAGCUACAGCAGUGAAAGCAAUCAGCGGUAUAUUCUGCUGUUCGGCGUCGGCAAGGAAAGGGAUGAAAAGAAGCAUGCCGUGAAGAAGAUGGCCAAGGAGAUUGGUAAGCUUUUCACCAAGAAGUUCAGCAUUGAUGUGGCUGCUGCCGGGCACGUCAAGAAGCACUCGAGGAACGAGUUCAAUUUUGAGGCCACCACUUCAAAGUGCCAGCAGAUGGCCUACUUCGACCAGCAUGUGGUCACCGCCCAGUGUGCGGCGAACGUGCUGGAGCAGCUCAACGGAUUCGCGCUGGGCAACAACAACUAUCUGCCGGUGCAGGAGCAUGUGGCGUUUCUGUUCGACCUCAUGGAGCUGGCGCUGAACAUCUACAGUCUUCUGGAACUAUGCGACAGCCUGCUGAAGGAGUUGCCCGAAGUCGAGCAUCAAUUGCAGUUGAAAAAGUCGAACUUGGUGCGCAGUUACACCACUUCGUUGGCCCUCUACAUUAUAAGCAUCUUGCGACGGUACCACAGUUGCCUGCUCCUCUCGCCGGAACAAACGCUGUCUGUGUUUGAGGGCGUUUGUCGCACCAUUCGCCACGUUAGUAAUCCCAGCGAGUGCUCUUCGGCGGAACGCUGCAUCCUGGCGUACUUAAGCGAUCUGCACGAGUCCUGUGUCCUUCUGCAAGGAAAAGAACAGUCUGCGGAGUACUAUCAGCAGCUGCAGUGCAUCAAGCGCUUCAAGGAUAUCUUCAAUACACCAGAGCAGCUGAGCCUUCCGCCACAAGGCUAUAACCCCCAGUUGCUGCAGGAACUGUUUGUGGCGCCACGCCGCGGCGGUAAGCUGGAGCCCCAUUGGCUGCGCACUCUGCACGAGUCGCCGGCGAACGUGUACAGCUUUGUUUCCAACGCAGUCAUCACCGUUUGCCGGGAAACCGACAACGAGCGGCUUAAUGAUGUGGCUUUGGCAUGCGCCGAGCUAACUGCCAGCUGCAACGUGCUGUCUGAGGAGUGGAUCGCCGCCUUGCAGAGCCUAUGCAGCGGCAGUAAGAGUCCUCGCUACCCGCAUCUGGGCCAGGGCGGCCAGGUGGACAUCGGGCAGACUAAGACGCACAACGCCCUGGCCGUGUUCGUGUGCAUUCUGGUGGCCAGGCACUGUUUCUCCCUGGCGGAUUUCGUCAGCAAGUUUGCCCUACCCACCUUGGCGCGAUCUGUGAGCUCCGGAGGCGCCGAAUUGAGCGUAGAUGCGGAAGCAGGAGCCCGACUCACUUGCCACCUAGUGCUGAAGUUAUUCAAGACCUUGGAGAUUCCCCAGCCGGGAAUGUACUCUGUGAGCACCUCCCCCAAUCCGCUGCACGCUGUGGGAAACGAUUUCAGCAUCCGACUAAGCUGUGACAGGCACUUGCUAGUGGGCGCCCACAAGACCAUUCCUAUAGCUGCGGUGCUGGCGGUGCUCAAGGCUAUUCUUAUAGUGGUGGACAACGCGGCCCUAAAAACACCGCUGGCUGCUGGAGGAUCUUCCUCGGGUGGUCUAGGCGGCGCCUUCGGGAGCGGCCGACGGAGUGGCUUCAGUACGCCUGUUCAUCCAGGUAGCACACCGAAGAGCAAUGAGCAGAGGCCGGCGGAUCUCAGCCAGAUUCUGGGCACCAGUGACCUUCAGAUGGGCAGUAGCUUAACUAGUGAGCCGGAAACAAUGCAGCAACCAUCCAGUGGAGGAGGACUGGAACAGAUCUCACUGCUGGAGUUCGCGCAGGCGGUGCUUAAACAGAUCUGUGCCCAGGAGCACGUCCUUGAAAGGUGCCUUAAGAACGCCGAGCAAUUGUGCGACAUGAUCAUGGACGAGAUGCUGACUGCUAAGCAGGCGCAACGAGUGCUGCACAUGAUCUGCUACCCGGAGGCUGAAUUCAACAUCAUAUCCGAGUUGGACCAAAAGGCCAUGAUCGUUCGCAUCCUCGAGAACCUGGGCCAGUGGACGUUGCGCAUCUCAUGGCUGGAUUUGCAGCUCAUGUACCGGCAGUCGCUUAGCAACAACGCGGAACUAAACGUGUGGCUGGAUACAGUGGCCCGUGCUGCAAUAGACGUCUUCCAUAUGGAGGAAGUCGUCCUACCAGGAGCUCUAAAAGCCACCCACAAACCCAAGCCCUCCACUUGGCUAGUGGCGCCGUUAAUCGCAAAGCUGACGCCGGCUGUGCAGGGGCGGAUCUUGAGGGUGGCGGGCCAGGUGCUGGAGAGCAUGAACUACUUCUCCAAGGUAUCCAAGUCGGAUUGCAACAGCUCCGGAAGCGGAGACGAGAGGGAGAAAAGCAACAGUUGCCACAGCAGCAACAGCUACGGGUUGGGCGGAGCAGCUCCUCGCAACAAAAAGAUGCCCCUGAACUACCAACCAUUCCUGGGUCUUAUCCUAACUUGUCUGAAAGGACAGGACGAGUAUAAGGAGAACCUGCUGGUCAGUCUCUAUGCCCAGCUCUCCCAAUGCCUGCAGUCCUUUUCUGAGUUGGACACCAUCGGAGGCAUUGACGAGCCACAAGCCCGCGAGGAAAUCCUGGACGCCUUGCAGCUCCGUUUCUCUCUGGUGGGUGGGAUGUUCGAGGCAAUCCAGAAGAACAGCACACCCACCACCGACUGGGCGAUCCUUUUGGCCCAACUGGUGUGCCAGGGGGUGGUCGACUUGAGCUGCAACCGUGAACUCUUCACCACGGUGGUAGACAUGCUGGCCACUCUGGUGCAUUCGACUCUGUUGGACAGCCAAUCGGAUCGGGACGACAAGAAGAACUACCUAAACCUGAUGAAAAAGCUGAAGAAAGAAAUUGGCGAGAAGAAUAAUGCCUCCAUUCGGGUCAUCCGGCAGCUGUUGCCACUGUACAAGCAGCCCACGGAGGUUAUCGCCUGCGAGCAUGCCGGAGUGGACACCAAGGGUAACAAGAUCUGUGACAUGGAUAAGAAGCAGCUGCGAAUCUCAGAUAAGCAGCGCAUCAGCGUAUGGGACAUCCUGGAAGGCCAUAAGAACCCGGCGCCACUAUCGUGGGUCUGGUUCGGAGCCGUUAAAUUGGAGAGGAAGCCCCUAACUUAUGAGGAGGCCCAUCGCAAUCUCAAAUACCACACGCACAGCCUGGUCAAGCCCAGCAGCUACUACUAUGAGCCAUUACCGCUGCCUCCCGAAGAUAUUGAGCCGGUGCCGGAGAAGAUCAUAAAGGACGAAAUGAAGGCCGAUACGCCAUCUUCAGUGGACCAAUCUCCCAGCGCCCCGGUGGGAGGCACUGGACGUGGUCGUGGAAAGGGAACAACGACGCGAAAGCGUAAGCCCAAGAACCCGAAGACUCCACCCGUCAACAACCAGACGCAGCAGCCCCAGCUGGCGCCGCAACCCCAGCAGCCGCCGAACGUUCAGCAGCAGCAACAGAUGCAACAGCAGCAGCAGCAACAACAGCAGCACAUGCAACAGCAACAGAUGCAGCCAAACCAGAUGGGUCAAAUGCCAAUGAACAUGCCGAUGAAUAUGCAACAGUUUGCACCGAAUCCUAACAACAUGAUGCAACAGAAUGCAAUGAUGCAGCAACAGCAGAUGCAGCAGAUGGGUGGCAACCAGCUGCAGCAGCAGCUGAACGUUGGCGGUGGCAACGGGCAGCAGAAUCCGCAGAUGAACUUUAUGCAACAGGGCCCUGGAGGCGGCGGUGGAGCUCCGCAAGGCAUGCCUGGACAGCAACAGUGGCACAAUACACCGCAACAGCAGCAGCCGCCGCAGCAAUACCACAAUCAGUAUGCACCGCACCAGCAGAAUAUGCAAUCCAAUCGCAUAGAACGGCCGCCGCAGGCCAAGCAGGCUCUAUCUCAGAUGCUGCGCCAGCGCCAUCCCUUCCAGCAACAGCAGCAGCAACAACAGGGCCCUGGCGGCCCCGGCUUCAAUCCCAUGCAGCAGCAACCACAGGCGCAGCAACAGCAGCCAGGCCCCCAGCAGCAGAUGAAUCCCAACCAGAUGCGGCAGCAGCAGAUGAACACGCAACAAAAUCCGCAGGCCUUGGCCGCUUUCAAUGCCCUGCAGCAGCAAAACGCCCAGCAGCAACAGCUGAAUCCCAACCAGCAACAGCAGCAGCAGUUCAUGCGGGGCAACAUGCGACCCGGCAUGACGCCCAACCAGAUGAACCAAAUGAACAUGGGCGGCCAGGGCAUGCCCCAGAACCCCAUGAUGCAGCAGCAGAUGCAGCAAGGCAUGGUUGGUAUGGUCAAUCCGAACGGCAACCAGAUGAUGCAGACUGGUGGCGGCCAGGGAGGCAAUGGCGUUGGAGUGGGAGUUGGGGUAGGAGUGGGCGUUGGAGCUGGUGGCAACAAUCCCAACAUGGGCAUGGGAGGCAUGUCGCAGCAGGGAAUGAUGCAGCAACAACCGCAGCAGCAGCCCCAGCAACAAGUGCAGUUCCAGAACUUCCAAAACCAAUACCAGCAACAGCAGCAGCAGGGAAUGCAACAGCAAGGCGGAGCAGGAGUCGGUGUUGGCGUUGGCGUCGGGGUGGGCAUGGCCCCCAAUCAGCAGCAACAAGGCAACAUGAUGGGAAACUUCAAUCCUCAGAUGCAGCAGGCGAACCGCAACAAUCCCGACUUCAUGGCUGCGGCGGCAGCUGCCCAACAGCAGCAACAACAGCAACAGAGAGGCGUCCCCGGAGGUAUGAUGGCCGGCAAUCGAGGUCAGUACAUGAACCAGGCGCCAAACGUAACCAUGUCCAAUAUGAUGGGUCCAGGUCCAGGCCAGGUUCCGCCUUACGCCAGGCAACAGGCGGCCGGCGGCGGAAAGCCAGGAGUACUCAAUACCCAGCAACAGUUUCAGCAGCAGCAACAGCAGCAGUUGCGCCACCAGCAGAUGAUGCAGAUGCAGGGCAUGGGUGGUGGCGGAGGCGGGGGCAUGGGAGCUGGUCCCCAGCAAGCCGGCGGCGCUGGUGGUGUUGGUGGCGGCGGAGGAGGCGUGGGCGUUGGUGUGGGUGGCAUGGUGCCGCAGCAGCAGAGCAUGAACCAGCAGCAGACACCCAAUCUGGUGGCCCAGCUGCAGAGGCAAAACAUGAUGGGUCAGCAGCAGCAGUACCAGCCUCCACCCUAUUAGAUUCUAGACACUCCAUAAUUUUAAAACUUAUUUUUUAAUUUAUUUAUCAGACGUACAUAUUUGCAAUAAACGUACACACAAAGUAAUUAAAAAUGCCGUAAAGUCGGUUUUUUAAAAAAUAUUCAAAAAAG